CGGGGGGACGCCCACAACGGCCGACGCGAGGGAGCGGCUACUGACGGAGGUGACCCUUUGGGUUUUGCACUCAAAGUGACCUCGACCUUCACCGGUUGUUUCCUUUUCGCUCGCGUGCCUUACGUUUGUAGGCAGCGGCUCCGGUGUAUCAUUUCACCCUUUCUGAAAGGUUUAUCACCUCCGUUUAUCACCUCCGCAGCCAUGUCCUUCACCGCGCGCAGGAAGAUCCAAAAGGAGAAUGGGCAGGAGCCAGAUGAGUUUGAGGAAUCUGUAGCUCAGGCUCUCUUCGACCUGGAGUCCACCAACUCCGAGCUUAAGAGCGAGCUUCGCGACCUCUUCAUUAACUCUGCCAAGGAAGUUGAUGUUUCCGGAAACCGGAAGGCCGUUAUCAUUCAUGUGCCUUUCCGCUUGCGGAAGGCUUUCCAAAAGAUCCACGCUCGCCUCGUCAGGGAGCUGGAGAAGAAGUUCAGUGGCAAGGACGUUGUUUUCAUUGUCACCAGACGCAUCUUGAGACCCCCCAAGAAGGGUUCCGCUGUUAACAGGCCAAGGAGCAGGACUUUGACCGCUGUGCACGAGGCAGUCCUUGAAGAUUUGGUUUACCCAUCUGAAAUUGUUGGGAAGAGGAUGCGUUAUCGCCUGGAUGGUUCCCGCAUCAUGCGUGUAUACUUGGACCCGAAGGAGCGUAACAGCACGGAGUACAAGUUGGAAACCUACUCGGGGGUUUACAAGAAGUUGACAGGAAAGGAGGUCACUUUUGAGUACCCUAUCCAGGAGGCUGUAGCCGCGUGAAUGUUUUCGGGGAGCACCAGCUAGACUUAAAACGCCCGCAACAGGGGUCUAUGUUCUUGCCACUACAGACUGUGAUGUUCAUUAACGUGCGGUUCAAAGAAUCUUCGUGCUUAGAUGCCUGUAGGUUUUUUUUGGUGCAAAACAUCCGCAGUUGUUCUGCCUGGAAACGAUUGAUUUGAGUCUAUCUGCAUAUUCGAGGGUUACGUUUCCUA